CCUGGUGAUUGCUUCUGUGAGGUCAUUAUUAUCACAGUAUUAAUUGUUUUUAUCGAAACAAUUUAAUUGUAUACCUCUUUUUAUUGUGAUUUUAUUUUAUUUACAACUUAUUUCUAAGUGCUGAUUAUAUAACACGGUUUUGUAUCGAAUUGUAUCGAAAACAGAUAGUUUUAUAAAUAGUUAGAAAUGCUGAAAUAUUUGCCGAUUUUGUUAUUAUUUAUAGUAACUGGCAAUUGUCAAAAUUGGGGUUCAAGGGCUUGCCUGGUUAAUCGCGACGGUUACAUUUUGAAUAUCAUUCAAAAUGUCAUCAGCAGACUAGAAAAAAAUGUCAAAUGGUGUAAUCUUAAAUUAAAUGAUGUAAAUCAAGAAAUUAACGAACGUCUAUUCAAGUGGCAUGCCCAAGGAACAGCGAACUAUACUAAUGGAUUCCCCCUACAUUUUCGAAGUAUUGACGUAUCAAAUAUACAGAGCCUGUUUUCCACUAGAACAGUCAAUGGUUCUGUGGAGAACUUGGUGUCCGUGAACGGAUUACUUAAUUUUAGGAAAUUCUACGUUGGCUACGAUGUUGUCGCCAACAUAGAGGGCUUUGAUACCCAAUACUUCACGGGAGUGUUCUCGUUUAAUUUGAUUGCAUUACGGUGCACGAUCGUUAAAAACUUACAAACUAAUGAGAUAAGUGUUACGACGGCAGCCGUUUCAUCGAACGCUGCUGUCCGACGGAUGACGUACAUGCCCCAAAACAGCAUAUCAGAAUUGUUAUCGAGACAUUUUUUCGCGCAUCACAUUUCAUUUAAUCAAUGGGGAGCAAAUUACAUCGCACCACUUAUUUUGGAAAUUGCUUCCAAAACUGAAUUACCGGAAAUACGUUACGACAACAGGUGUUAAUUAUGUCUUUGAA